AUGAUUGAUUUUAAUUUACAUUAUGACAAUUCUACUGAUCAAAUGACAACACCAUCUCUAGUCAAAAUGUCUUCCACAUUAAUCAAUUCAUCUGAUAUGCCAUUAACUUCAUCUUCUAAUCCUUCUACUUCAAAUUCAAUAAUAGAAUUAUCACAAAAUGAUCCAAUGUCUAUUAUAUCUGAUAUGGAAUUACCAUCGUCACAUAUAUAUCGAUUAAAUUAUUUUUCUUUAAAUAAACAUCUCAAAACUUUAACAUCAUUUAAUAAAAGACCUGUAUUUUAUUGUCAUGCUUUAUGUCGUCGAGAUGAAAUUGAACAACAUUGGCAUAUACAUUUUCGAAUUGAUUGUAUUCUUAAUUCAGGACUUAUACAACAAUGUCCAAAAUCUCAAUAUGGUUGUAAAUUUCAAUAUGAACGUCUUGAACCAUGUCAAAUGAAUGGUCAAUCAAUUCAAAUACGUUUUGAUCAAAAUAAUGAUGCUAUUGCUUUUGAUUGGUAUCCAACAAUAAAUGAAGAUUAUAAUGAUAAAUUAGAUUUACUUAAUUUACCAUCAGAAAUACUUACGAAUAUUCUUCUAAAAUUGGAUAGUUUAUCAUUAAGAAAUAUUUCACUUGUUUGUCAUCGUUUACGUGCCUUAUGUCAAAAUUUAUUACCUACGCGAGGAAUUGUAGUUACUGAACAUGAACGUAAUGUACUUUUACAUGGAGAUGUUACUUGGAUUGAACGACAAAAACAUUGGUUAUUUACAAAUACUUCAUCUGCAGUUCCAAAAUGGCGAUUAAAAACUCCAAAUAAAUUAACAUCAUUAAAUCAACAUUUAAUAACAUGUNUUAGCUUAUCAGUGAGAGUGAUAAUUUAA